AUGCUAUCAGAAGAAGACAAAAAGACGUCUCGGGAGUUUGGUGCUUCUGCGAAUUUCUUGCCGCAGGGCAAGUUUUUGAAGCCGGAAGAAAUAGAAUACGAGUUUGGUGGGCCCGUGGGUGCUCUGGGCAUGAUGUUCGGGUUUCCAGCGCUGAUGUACUACAUGUGGAUCAGUGCCGAGUUCUACGGCGGGGCAGCAGCGUGGCCCGCGUCGAACGAGACCUGGGGCUCGUUUUUGGCCAAAUUGUGGGGUCUGUGUGUCGAGCACGCAGUGCCGUCCAGAUUUGCGUGGACGAUCUUCAUGGCGUUCUGGGCCGCGCAAAUCGUGUUCUACUACACGCUACCGGGAGUCUGGACCAAGGGCCAGCCUCUGACACAUCUGAAAAACAAACAGCUGCCUUAUUUCUGUAACGCGAUGUGGACUUUCUACACGUCCGUCACCAUUGUCCUCGUACUGCAUUUCACUGGUGUCUUCAAGCUGUACACGAUUCUCGACAUGUUCGGCGAGAUCAUGACGUGCGCCAUCGUGUCCGGGUUUGCGUUUUCCAUCGUGUUGUACCUGUACACUCUGUUCGUCUCGGGCGACUACCACCGCAUGACGGGCAACCACAUCUACGACAUGUUCAUGGGCGCUCCGUUGAACCCCAGAUGGGGCGUUUUGGACUUGAAAAUGUUCUUCGAGGUCAGAUUGCCGUGGUUCACGCUUUUCUUCUUGACCUUAGGAGGUGCAUUGAAGCAAUACGAAACCUACGGGUCUGUUUCCCCUCAAAUGGGAGUCAUUUUGCUGGCUCACUGGCUGUACGCGAACGCCUGCGCCAAGGGAGAGGAGCUCAUCGUCCCCACCUGGGACAUGGCUUACGAAAAAUUCGGGUUUAUGUUGAUCUUCUGGAACAUUGCAGGUGUUCCUUACACCUACUGCCACUGCACCUUGUAUCUAUACUACCACGAUCGCAGCGAGUACAAUUGGUCCUGGUAUUACAACUUGUCGCUGUACGUGGUGCUUUUGACCGCCUACUACUUUUUUGACACCGCAAAUGCUCAAAAGAACUCGUUCCGGAAGCAAAUCGCGGGCGACAAAAGAGUGCGCAAAACUUUCCCAUUUCUCCCCAAACAAGUUCUCAAAAACCCCAAAUACAUGAUUACCAAAAAUGGCUCAUACUUGUUGAUUGACGGCUGGUACAAGUGGGCCAGAAAAAUUCAUUACACGGCUGACUGGACGCAAUCAUUGGUCUGGGCGCUUUCCUGCGGCUUCAACUCGCCAUUCCCAUGGUUUUUCCCUGCCUUUUUCCUCAUUGUCCUAGUACACCGUGCCCUACGUGACCAGGCCAAGUGUGAGAAGAAGUAUGGCGCCGAUUGGGACAAGUAUCGUGAGGAAUGUCCUUACCUUUUCAUUCCUUUCAUCUGGUAA